AUGACAGCCGCAUCAGGAUCCGACCGGCGCCCCAUGUGCAGACAACACCCUCAGAACAAACCUCCGCUGACAACACCGCCACACUUAGCCUCCAUCCACGCGCACGCCACUCACACCGCCGCCGUUGGUUUGUAUGCGUCUCGGCUCCCAUGUCCUCAACCUGUGACCGAGGGGCCGCGGGAGGCCAAGCCCUCCAGUCGCCGUGACAGCAGACGAGACAGCCCUGGGUUCGGCAGUGAUAUAUGA